ACCCUUGACUUAACAUGAGUAGGCUGAAACUCUUUGAAGUUCUAGAAUGUCGGUUUUAGGCUGAAACUCUUUGAAGUUCUAGAAUGUCGGUUUUAGGCUGAAACUCUUUGAAGUUCUAGAAUGUCGGUUUUAGGCUGAAACUCUUUGAAGUUCUAUGACGUCGCUUUUGCUUCAACUAAGAGACUGGUUUGCAUUACGUUAACGUGCAGAAUGUUUGUGUUUACAGUUAUCGGCUAAUCUUGGAGCAACAGAGCCGUUUUAAGUAUGCUCCAGAGGCUGGCUGUGACCCUGCGGCGGCCCGCUGCAGCUCCCCUCACGGCGGCCUUACGAUGCAUCUCGUCGGGCUCAAAAGAUAUCACGGUCCCGCUGAACUUCUAUGCUGGGAAGAGACGGACGAGCCAAGAGAAAAGCAACAUAGAAACAGUUUACGAACCUGCAACAGGGAGAGUCUUGUGCCAUUUGGAGCCGUGUGGUGCUUUGGAGGUCGAUCAAGCUGUGGAGGCGGCCAAGUCGGCCUUUGGCCAUUGGAGCAAAAUGUCUGGGAUGGAGAGGGCACGGAUCAUGAUAGAAGCUGCCCUUAUCAUUGAGAGCAGGAGAGAGGAGAUCGCUGAAAUGGAGGUGGUCAACAAUGGGAAGUCCAUCACAGAGGCCCGUCUGGAUGUGGACUCUGCAAGACUGUGUAUAGAGUACUAUGCAGGGCUGGCCAGCACUCUGGCAGGCCAGCAUGUCCAGCUGCCCGGGGGAUCCUUCGCCUACACCCGCAGGGAGCCUCUGGGAGUCUGUGUCGGCAUCGGUGCUUGGAAUUACCCUUUCCAGAUAGCUGCCUGGAAAUCAGCUCCGGCCCUGGCCUGUGGUAACUCCAUGGUGUUCAAGCCGUCACCAGUGACGCCUGUGACAGCGGUGGUGCUGGCAGAGAUCUAUGCUGCAGCUGGAGCUCCAGAGGGGCUGCUCAACGUAGUGCAGGGCGGCCAGGAGACCGGCAGCUUACUCUGCCACCACCCUGAUGUCGCCAAGGUCUCCUUCACCGGGAGUGUACCUACAGGCAAGAAGAUUAUGGAGAUGGCUUCCAAGGGGGUGAAGCCUGUGACUCUGGAGCUCGGGGGAAAAUCUCCUCUGCUCAUCUUCCAGGACAGCGACCUGGAGAACGCUGUGAGGGGAGCACUCAUGGCCAACUUCCUGUCUCAAGGCCAGGUCUGCAGCAACGGCACAAGGGUUUUCGUUCAGAAGGAUAUUCUGCCUGGGUUUGUGGAGGAGGUGGUGAAGAGGACGCAGGCCAUCGAGAUAGGAGACCCACUGUUGGACAGCACCCGAAUGGGAGCUCUGGUCAGCAAGCCACACCUGGACAGAGUCCUGUCUUUUGUUGAGCAGGCAAGGAAAGAGGGAGCUACAGUGUUGUGUGGAGGUGAACCUUUUGUUCCAUCAGAUCCCAAACUCAAAGGUGGAUACUACAUGACUCCAUGUGUGCUGGGUGACUGCACAGAUGAGAUGACGUGUGUGAAGGAGGAGAUCUUCGGACCUGUCAUGUCUGUGCUGUCCUUUGAAACAGAAGCGGAGGUGCUGCAGAGAGCCAACAACACCACCUUGGGUCUGGCUGCAGGAGUUUUCACUAGGGACGUGAGGCGAGCUCAUCGGGUGGUGGAACAACUCAAGGCUGGCUCCUGUUUCAUCAAUAACUAUAACAUCACCCCUGUGGAGGUUCCCUUUGGAGGCUUCAAAAUGUCAGGCAUUGGGCGGGAGAACGGUCAGGUGACAGUUGAAUACUACACCCAGCUGAAGACUGUGUUCGUGGAGAUGGGAGACGUGGACAGCCUCUUCUAGGACACACACACACGUGGAGGGUGGAGCUGUGACAGUGACCCAGAGAAUGGACAAACAGAUGGUCUGGACCAGAACAUCAAACGUUGGUGCACCACGUAAGGAGAGACCGGCCUGGACCUGGACCAGGAGCUGAAGUCUGACCACAAAAAAUGAGCCAUAAUACUUUUUAAUAUAAUUUCUGAAUUUAAGGGACAAUCUGAAUGUGAAACACAUUAGAAUUACCGUUGUCAUCUGUGUUAAACAGAUCAAAUGAAAUAUUGUUCUCAGUAUUUACUGAACCUUAAUUAAUUUCAACUUCUUAAGCAUAGUCAUGGAAAUAAUUAUUAGACCAUUGUUUUCUUCAAUUUCUUGUUCAUUUUAAUGCCUGGUACAUUUGUUCGGACAAAUAUAAUGAUAACAACAAAAAUAACUCAUAAGAGUUUAAUUUAAGAGCUGAUAUCUAGACAUUUUUCAUGGUUUUCUUGUUAAUGAUUUUGGUUAUUAUCAAGAAAACCAUGAAAAAAGAACAAGAAAUUGAAGAAAAAGGGUGGUCUAAUCAUUUUUUCCAUGACUGUAGAUAUGUCACAAAUUGUGAUAUACGUUAGAUUUGCACUCUGUAUUCUUGCUUAAUAUAUCCUCUUAUCAAUGUGCAGAAUAGGAUUUUUUCAGUUGUGCUGAAGAACGAAAAUGUUUACAAGUCAAGCUUUAUUUCUUUAACAGUACAAGUCAAUAUAUUUUUUUACACGCACAACACCAAACCAUUAAACUCUUUGAACAUUGCAUUAAUUUUAUUCAUCUAGAUGGUACAUUUCAUGUAUGCUUUUUGUUCAAUGUUUAAAUUAGAACUGUGACAGUAACAUUGUGCCUUGUAGGUAGAAAUAAUUAUGUAAAGAACCUGUCUAACAAAGACAUUGUAACAUAACAUUAAGCAGAGUUUAACAUUGUAAUAAAAUGGAGGGAUCGUU